AUGAAAUUCAGCUUUGCUCUAUUCUUCGCGGCUGUGGCAGUUGCAGACAGCCCAGCCAAGAGGGCCGGUACGAUCUCUGUUGCUGGCUCGCCCCCAGGGUUCGCAUCCGGAGUCACCGGAGGUGGAAAAGCGGCGCCAGUUUAUCCUACCGAUGUCAAGAAUCUAAUCGAGCUUCUGGGUUCUGAUGAUCCUCAGGUCAUCGUUAUCGACAAGACAUUCAACUUCAUCGGAACGGAAGGAACAACGAAGGGAACCAUUUGCAAGUCAUAUGGCGCCUUUGAAGACGGUUGCCAGUCCACGAUCGAUAUCGGAAAAGGGUGCGAUGGUAAACAGUCCGAGCAGUAUGAGUGGGAUACUGCUGCAGUCGAAGGAAUCCGUGUCCACUCAGACAAGACGAUCAUCGGAGUCGGAAACAAGGGCGUCCUCCUCGGCAAAGGCUUGAGAAUCGUCGAAGCCUCCAACAUCAUUAUCCAGAACAUCAUGAUCACCAACCUUAACCCACAGCUGGUCUGGGGUGGUGAUGCGAUCACACUCUCCAACACUUCUAAUGUCUGGGUUGACCAUGUUACGACUCAAUACGCUGGUCGUUGUCACUACGUCUUCGGUCAAGAAGCGAACGCUCAUGUUACUGUCUCCAACAGCUUCAUCAAUGGCGCAACCAAUUUCUCUACUUCGUGCGACGGACAACAAUACUGGGGAUUGGAACUUGUCGGGGCUGACGACCAGAUCACGUUUGCAAACAACUACGUAUACCGCACAUCGGGCCGCAGCCCUGCACUGAGCGGCAAGACUCUAUUCCAUGCCGUCAACAGCGUGUGGGAGGAUAACACCGGCCACGCACUCGAGGGCACCGAUGAUGGCCAAGGUCUCUUUGAAGGCUGUGUCUUUAACAAUGUCAAACAAAUUGUCGGGGAUUUCGUCGGCCAACUCUUUAGCUCCCCGGAUGCUACUGCAAACAAAGCAUGCUCCGCUGCGCUGAAGAGGGACUGCGUGUCGAAUAUUCAAGUUGAGAGUGGUCCUUUUACGAAUGCGGAUACCAAGUUCUUCUCUAACUUCGACGGUCUCACCGUCGCAACUGCAAGUGCAGCCUCGGCGGCCCAGGCAAGCGUCCCAACCACUGCCGGAAACACCCUUAACAAUGCCUAA